AUGAGUGACUAUUACCACCAGUUCCUGGCUUCCAUGUCAGGCAUCGAGCCAAAUCCGCAUCUUAUGCAACAACAACAGCAGCAACAGCAACAACAGCAACAACAGCAACAACAAUAUCCGCAACAGCAUACGCACCAGCCUGUACCACUUCAUCAACAGCCUCACCAUCUUCACCAGCAGCAUCCACAACCUCCGCCGCAGCAUGUCCAGGAUGUGCCAAUGCCGUUGUCACUUCCACCCCAUCUCCACCAGCAGCCGGCCAUGUCCAUGACCAUGGGGAUGGGACCGGGACAGGGGUCAAACCAGUAUCAGAACUUGGGCUUUUACACUGGCUUUCCAGAGCCGGUCAUGUUCAACGCGCAAAAGUCACAGCGCAAUCGUCGGAAAUCCGCUCCUGGAUCAGAGCACGUCAAACACCGUCGGACGCGGUCGGGUUGUUAUACGUGCCGCAGCAGACGAAUCAAGUGCGACGAGGCGCGGCCCAUCUGCGAGCGUUGUAAGAAAGGAAAAAGAGAUUGCUCCUAUCCCGAUCCCAAGUCGUCAAAGAAAUCGGCUGCCGCUGUGUCACAAGAGGAGGCAAAUAUAAGCCAACAAGCUAGCCCAGAAUCGUCAAACGAAGAAGACGACGAAGAUGUGGAUAAUGACAGCAAGCUUGACACGAUUCCUGAUUACGACGAGGCCGACGAGUCGACCAGUGGAACGGCAGAUACAUCUACACCCCAGCAGUUUACGGUCACCUUCAACGACAAAGUGCGGCCUCCUCUACGGCAGUCGAGCUCAACAUCACUUUUGAAUAUGAAACGGCUUGUAUCUACUGGUGGCGCAGGUGCAGCGUCGUCGACAGGAAGACGAACUCGGCAAGGUUCAGAGACCCCAUCGUUUGAAGGGAAAAGUACGUCACCGGCCACGUCGACGGGUACCGCCGGUAGCUUUCCGCCUACAGCACAAUCUGUUGGUUCCUCCGAGCCCUACUACUCCUCGUCCUCAACUUUACCAGCAGUUUCGGCAGCCGACUGGAGCCACCUGCCCCAAGACUUGCGUUUCUACCUGGGAUAUUUUGUGGACAAUAUCACACAUCUUCACUACUGCAUUCCAAUCGACUCGGACAGCUUUAUUCGUGGCAUCUUGCCGGCUCUGGCCGUCCGUAACGAGCCUCUGCUAUAUGCACUUGUUGCCUUUUCGGCCUACCAUUUCAUUUUGCGUGAUCCGACGGCCAAACUACAGCAGUUUUUGCAAUACUAUGACCAGAGUGUGAGGCUUCUUCUCGGAAUCCUAAAGCGAAAAGAGAAGCAUACACUCGGUACUCUUUUGACUGUUUUGCAGCUCGCUACGAUUGAAGAGUACCUCGGUGACUGGGUCAAUCUCAUGGGCCACCAAAAGGCUGCUUUGGAAAUGCUUACGGAAAUUUAUACGCCCGACACCGCCCCCCAGACAUCAGUAGGCCGCAUGAUCCUUCACUGGUACACUCGCUUUGAUGUGUUUGUGGGCAUCAUGGGUGGCUUUGAGACAGCUCUCUCGCGGGAUUGGUUCAUCAGCAUCGUGGAGUACUAUCAAGAGCGUAUUGCCAACGAGCCCACGAGCCUAAUUUACAAGACUGAAGAUUGCUCUGCGCGACUGCGACUUAUCAGCUUCGAUAUGUCUUUGCUAUUUGCGCGUGCCAAGGAAGACGAUAACGGCGAAGAUGCAGCGAAACGUGCAGGCGGUGGCCUGGCCGCAUUUCCGUCAUUUGCACCAGACGAGACCUUUAUGCGAGAGCAUGCGCGUAUUCUCAGUGCGCUGAAUGAGUGGAAAGCUGGUCUCGAUGCCCUUGUGAAGGUCGACGACGAGACAACAAACGGGAUGACAGGCAGCGCAGGAGGAGAAUCAAAACACCACCCUCUCCUUGUUACCGACUUUAGUCAUGCGGUUGCACUUGAGGAGGACGAUAUUGUUGACCCUUAUCAGCCGGGAAUCUUGUAUUACGGGCCACUUUUUGCAUACACGAUCAUGUCUUGUGAGUGGCAAUCGAUUAUUGUCAUGCACGAACUACAGGCUGCGCAGUUAGCUAUGGCCGCUAUGGGUGCCGCGCCUCAACCUGCAGCUGGACUAUCGCCAAUGCCUCAGAGUAUGACGCUUCCUGAAGGCAUGUCUCCCGCAGAAGGCAUGUCUCUACUCAAAGCCGUGUCUCUACCGGAGGGGAUGUCCUUGCCAGCAGGGAUAGCCCUUCCGGAAGGGAUAACUUUACCGGAAGGUAUGGCUCUACCUGACGGCAUGUCGCUCAAAGACGGCCUAGCUGCUCUUGCCGCUAUGAGUGGUUCUGGUGGUGAAACGUCUGGAGACAUGGCGGCCAUGCACGCUGCUGCGGCUGCUACCAAGUCUUCUUUGCCUCCUGCAGGGCGAGGAAGUGCCCUGGAUGCUGACGGACAAAUGGACCCCGCUCAAAUGGCAGCUCAGAUGUCGGCUGGUAUGGCAGGACUUGCCAAGCGUGCAUACACCAUUUGUCAGAUUUUUGAGACGCUUGAGAUGUGGCCGGCCAGUCCGCCAGGGUGCUUGAUAAUAUCGCAAGCGAUGCUUGCCAUUGCUGCUCUUUUCCUUCCGCGCGACAGUCGCCACCAUAUGUGGAUUCGACGCAAGUUUGCGUUGAUUGAAACCAUGGGCUAUAUCUUCCCGCUUACUAUGCGUACGCGGAUGUCCGAGCUCUUCAACGACCCAUCCUGUGUUCAGUGGUGGCUGCCCAACAAUGAAGGCUUCAGUCCGAUUCUGCAAAGCGUGCGUGCUUUUGCCGAUGAGCGUAAUGUGACGGCCGUGUCGGCACAAACAGAAAACCUACGGGAAGUCCGGCAUAUCUUUGCGAAGCUCCAGAUCGGUGAAGGAGGCGGAAGUAGCGGCAGUGGUGGCGGAGCCGUGGACGAUUCAGAUGCUGGCAAUCGGGCUAGCAGCGACACAAUGAAACAGAAGAAAGGUGCCAAGGGUGCACCGAAAGCGGCAAAGGUUAAGAGAAGAGGCGUCUAA